GCAAUAUUUACUGCAGGCUCUCAAAAGGCGACUUUGCUCCCAGCCGUAUUGUGCGGCAUUUCCGAUCAAAAGCGCUGGCAAACGCAUCUGAAGGCCGUAGACAAUGUGGGCCAUCGCGCUACUUCUUUGUCUGGGAAAUGUUCUCAUUAGCGGCGAGGCCGGUGAUCAACAUUCUCAGCCCGCCGCUGGUGUACAACUCUCCGAGAUGGACAAACACAGAUCCAAGAGCUCUGCGAGACCCCCUCCUAUGUGCGCCCACUCGGCGGGAAUCCGGGAUACCUUCAAGUACCUCAAGACGGCCAUCUCUUUCGUGGUUUUUGUGCUGGGAAUUGUGGGAAAUUCGCUUCUGCUGAGCAUCAUUCACAGGAACAAAUCCAUGAGGAGCUGCGGUGAUGUCCUGAUUGCAAGUCUAGCUCUAGGAGACCUCCUCCAUAUUGUGGUGGACGUCCCAGUCAACACCUACAGGCUCAUGGCAAAAGAUUGGCCCUUUGGCUCGGUGCUGUGCAAGCUGGUGCCCUUCAUCCAGAAAACCUCAGUUGGGGUUAUCGUGUUGAGUUUGUGUGCGCUGAGUGCUGACAGGUACUUCGCAAUUGCUUCUCGGCAACGGCUCAAAGACCCCCGAGCGUACGUGUGGACGUCCCUCAUAUGGCUCCUCUCCAUCACGCUGGCCGCACCCGAGCUUGUUGGCUUCGGCGUGAUAAAUGUGGACUACAAAGAGCGACAUCUGAGGACUUGUCUGCUCCAUCCGGUGCAGAGCACACCGUUUAUGCAGGUGACCUGAUGCAAGCCGCCAGUAACAAGCCGGCUUUGAUGUUACUUCCUAAUCCAUUCAUGUACUACAUUACUGUAAAAAACCACUGGCUUUGCUUUUUUAAUGAUACUUCUCACAGCAGGUGCUUCGUCAAUAGUAACAGUAACUAGCAACAUUUAUU